UGGUGAGAAAUGAGAUUAUGUGGUCUGAUGAGACCAAGAUAGAAAUUGUUGGCCUUAAUUCUCAGUGGCAUGUGCGGCGAAAACCAGGCACUGCUCAUCACCUGUCCAAUACAGUCCCAACAGUGAAGCAUGGGGGUGGCAGCAUCAUGCUGUGGGGGUGUUUUUUUCAGCUGCAGGGACAGGGAGGCUGGUUGCAAUGGAAGAAAAGAUGAAUGCGACCAAGUACAGGGAUAUCCUGGACGAAAACCUUCAGAGUGCUCAGAACCUGAGACUGGGCCGAAGGUUCACUUUCAAAAAAGACAAUGACCCGAAGCGCACAGCUAAAAUACCGAAGGAGUGGCUUCAGAACAACUCCGUGACUGUUUUUGAAUGGCCCAGCCAGUGCCCUGACUUAAACCCAAUUGAGCAUCUCUGGAAAGACCUGAAAAUGGCCAAUGUUCACCAGCCAACCUGACAGAACUGGAGAGGAUCUGCGAGGAGGAAUGACCGAUGAUCCCGAAAUCCAGAGCUCCCGGACGGCCCGCUCGGAAGAGGACAGAGACACUCUGUGGGACGCCUGGGGCUCGUGGAGCGAAUGUUCCCGUACGUGCGGAGGAGGAGCGUCGUAUUCCCUGAGACGAUGCCUCACUUCCAAGACCUGCGAAGGGCAGAAUAUCAAAUAUCGCACAUGCAGUAAUGUGGACUGUCCUCUGGAUGCCGGAGACUUCCGGGCUCAACAGUGUUCAGCCCACGCAGACGUUCGCUACCAGGGCCAGUAUCACGAGUGGCUGCCCGUGUAUAAUGACCCAGACAACCCGUGCGCCCUCAAGUGCAAAUCCAAGGGCUCGGGGCUGCUGGUGGAGUUGGCGCCCAAGGUUCUCGAUGGGACACGCUGCUACACUGAGUCCUUAGACAUGUGCAUCAGUGGGCUGUGCCAGAUUGUGGGCUGCGAUCACGAGUUGGGGAGUGCGGCAAAAGAGGACAACUGCGGCGUGUGCAGUGGCGACGGCUCCUCGUGCAGGCUGGUGCGAGGGCAAUACAAAUCCCAGCAUGCCUCGGGAAAAACGGAGGACGCCAUUGUCGUCAUCCCGUUCAACAGUCGACACGUGCGUCUUAUCUUGAAAGGCCCGGAUCACUUGUAUGUGGAGAGUAAGACUCUGCAAGGGGUGAAAGGCCAACGUAUCUUGGAGAAAACAGGGCAGUACCAACUGGAAAACACUACCUUGGACUACCAGAAACUGUCCGACAAGGAAGUCCUGAGAAUUCCCGGGCCACUUGGGGCUGAUUUCACCAUACAAAUCCAGUUUGCAAGUGGACCAGACAGCGUUGUCCAGUACAUAUUCUACCAGCCCAUCAUACACCGUUGGAGGGAAACGGACUUCUUCCCUUGCUCUGUGACAUGUGGCGGUGGGUACCAGCUGACAUCGGCAGAGUGCUUCGACCUGCGAAGCGGUCGAGUGGUGGUAGACCAGUACUGCCAUUAUUAUCCCGAGAACAUCAAGCCCAAACCCAAACUCCGAGAGUGCAACAUGGAGCUGUGCCUGGCCAGUGAUGGCUACAAGCAGAUUAUGCCAUAUGACCUCUACCACCCCCUGCCUCGGUGGGAGAGCAGCCCUUGGACCGCCUGCUCCACUUCCUGCGGCGGGGGCAUCCAGAGUCGCUCGGUGUCCUGCGUGGAGGAAGACAUGCAGGGGACCGUCACCGUGACAGACGAAUGGAAGUGCCUCUAUGCCCCCAAGACGGCCAUCUUCCAGCCCUGCAGCACCUUUGACUGCCCCACCUGGAUGGCCCAGGAGUGGUCACCUUGCACCGUCACAUGCGGUCAGGGUCUGCGCUACAGGGUGGUGCUGUGCAUUGAUCACAGGGGGCUCCAUGCGGGGGGAUGCAACCCUACAACCAAGCCCCACAUCAAGGAGGAGUGCCUGGUGACUGUACCCUGCUACAAAACCAUUGACACGCUCCCAGUGGAGGCCAAACCGCCAUGGCAUAAGCAGGCCAUAGAGCUGGACGAGGAGAUCGUUGUAACCGAGGAGCCGAACUUCAUCCCCGGUCCUUGGCAGCCCUGCAGUAGAACGUGUGGUGCCGGGACUGAGCGGCGCACAGUCAAGUGCCGGGUGUUGCUCUCCUUCGCACAGACUGUCUCCGACCUCCCAGACAAUGAGUGCAGGGGCAUCAAACCUGCGGCGAGCCAAAUCUGCUACCGUACUCCCUGCCAGAAGCCAGAAGGCGACAAUGACCGAGACAUGGAGGAGGAGGACGAAGAGGAGGAGGAGGAGAGCCUUCAGAGAGAGGAGCUGCAUGAGUGGGAGUAUGAAGGGUUCACCGAGUGUUCCCAGAGUUGCGGGGGAGGUGUGCAGGAGGCUGUUGUAAUCUGCCUGAACAAGCAGACCAGGGAGGUGGCAGCAAACCAGAGUUUGUGCGUGAGCACCCGGAGGCCCCCACCACUUCUGCAGGACUGCAAAACGCAGCCUUGCCCCCCGAGGUGGGAAGUGGGAGAGUGGAGCCAUUGCUCUGCUUCGUGCGGUGUCGGCCUGAUGUCCCGCACCGUGACAUGCGCUCGGCGGACGUCUCGGGACAACAACAGCACGGAGAUAUUGCCAAAUGAAAACUGUCACGACCCGAAACCAAACCCCAUCCAGGCAUGCAAUCGCUUCGACUGCCCUCCUGUGUGGGAGACACUGGAAUGGGGGAAGUGCUCCAGUCGUUGUGGCGACGGAGUUGAAAGGAGGCGGGUCUUGUGUAAACAGCGCUUGGCUGAUAGCAGCAUCCUGGAGCUGCCGGAAACAUUUUGUCCCUCCAAGAUGCCAGUGAACCAGCGGCUGUGUAGCAGAGAGCGGCGGUGCCCACCACAGUGGGUCGCAAGCUGGUCCCAGUGUUCAGUGACCUGUGGGAAUGGUAUGCAGAGGUUUGAGGCACUCUGCAGGAAACAAGGCGAGGACGGACGAUAUCAGACCUUAGAUCCAAGCAAUUGCUCCUCUCUGGCACGACCCACCAGGAUCCGACAGUGCUCUUUGAGGCUCUGCAAGAAUUCACUAAGGUCCGGCCCUACCAUCCUGGCUCAGAGGAAUGUGUAUAUUCAGUGGAGGAAGAGCAAAAAGGUCCAUUUGGUGGUCGGUGGCACUGCCUAUCUGCUCCCUUGGACAACUGUGAUCCUUCACUGUCCAACCCGCCACAUCCGAAAGGCAAAUAUCCGAUGGUUGAAAGAUGGGAAGCCUCUGGUGAGUCUCCCACACCUGUCCAUGCCACCACUGGGAUUAGUGACGAUCCAACAGGUUGGCGCGUCUGAUGCCGGGAGGUACACCUGCGUCGCAGGCCAAGCCGAGGAGCAUUUAGUCCUACAGAUCACUGGUGCCAAGCAGAAGUUGCACAGACCAGAGGCAGCAAGGGUACAGGAGCUCUCCAUCUUCCCGACCAGGCAUGACCACAUUGUCCAACGCUUGCUACAACUCAAGGCAGAAAAAAACCAGACUGCCUCGGAAGACAGGCGGGACAUUUUCGAUAUCCCGAAUAUUGUCAUUCUUGAUAGCCAGAGGCUGGAUGAGAUCGACGGCCUCAGAGGACAAGGCGAGCAAGUGAUUACUCAGUUACUCAGCGAGCUGUCCGUAUCCCACUAUGAAACCAAUGAGUCAACUCUUCAAAAUCCAGAAAUAGAUGUAGCCACCACGCGAGGGCCUCUUUUUCGUAAACCAAACACGAAAAGCUCCUCAACUACGUCCAGAAGCCCAGUGAUCAUCCAGAGCCCCGGGAAAACUGCAACGGUGUUGUCCGCCGAUGUCACCUUUAAUAUAGGUGCGCUGGUUUUGCUGCGGAAGCCCUAUGCCAGUUUGGAAAUCAAGUGUGAGUCUCUCGGUUACCCAGAACCAUCCCUCACCUGGACCAAAAAUGGAAAACGGUUGCGCUACGAUAGCAGAAUAGACGUAUUGCCAGGUGGCUCGCUGAAGAUUCGGUUUCCGAACCAGGCGGAUGAGGGUCUGUACACCUGCACUGCCAGGAAUCAACUUGGGUCCUCGUCGCGCUCAUCUUGGCUGCAGAUUACAGGAAGCAGCGGAAGGAACUGCGUCCAAGCUGUUGGAGCCAGUGGCCCCGAUUGCCCUGAUCGGAGCAACGGCAGCAUCCAGUCAACUGUGCACAGGUUGGCGGCAGCAAUGCGCCGUUUUGGUUCCGGAACGCUCGCAUCGAUUGGAGGACUCAUGAAACCCUCUCCAAGUAGUUGGCGCGCGGACCCGUGGGCACCGUGCUCGGCCAGCUGCGGCGGCGGCUCCCAGACCAGACGUGUGCGCUGCAUGGAGGCCGGAUCAAGGGAGGUGGAGCGCCGCCGCUGCGCCGCUGCGGGGCGGAGACCCUCUGAUGCCAGGAUAUGUAACAUUCUUCCCUGCGCCAGUUGGGCCACGAGCACCUGGGGACUGUGUAACGGUCACUGUGUGGGUCCAAAUUUGGCCGCACAGCACCGCCAUGUUUUCUGCCGAGACACAAAUGGCACCAAGGUCCCUUCCGCGAUGUGCAGUGGACUCCGACGACCGAGCUCCGUGAGGAACUGCUCGGCGGAUGCCUGCGCCCAGCAGUGGAGGGUCGGGCCGUGGACGCAGUGCACCGCCACCUGCGGCCGACACGGCUUCCAGUCACGCCGUGUGGUCUGCGCACAGCGGCCCGGCAGACGGGCGCCGCGGGAGCACCGGUGCGUGCGGAGGCCUCGUCCACCCAGCUGGCAGCGCUGCAACACGGCGCCCUGCGGCAGAGCCGAGGAGUGUCGUGACAGCACCAGGUACUGUGAGAAGGUGCGACAGUUGGAGCUGUGCAUGUUGCCACAGUUUAAGAGUCGCUGCUGUCACUCCUGCCUCGACACCUGAUGGAUCGGGAACGUCGGACGGCAGGAACGUCGGCUUCGGGACCUCCUUGAGCCUGAGAAGCUCCCACUGAACAGAGGGAUGUAUCACACGAUGGACAUUUUCAUACUGUAUGUGAUGUGAUAACCACUGGAAAAGAUUUGAAAUACGUUUUCCAAAGCAUUUCGCGCCGGCCAAAGAAAAGAACCUCCAAUCUGAGAUUUUAAUUGACGAAUUGAAAAAAAUGGGAGUUUGAACUGAAUG